AAUCACAAAAAGGCGGACGAAAUCAAAAAAAGCAACUUGAGUAAAAUAUCAUCAAAAAUUCUUCAAAAUUAAUGUCAAACAUAACUAAAAACAACAAAUAUUGAGCGAAAAUAACUAUUUCAUAAUUCACGAAAUGCCACGCACAAAGAUAACAAAAAACUCAAAACGCAAUCGCGAAGCGGCCAACCGCGAAGAAAAGAUUCGCGCGUAUGAAGUUAAAAUGGAUUCCCUCUAUAUGAGCGUCGACGAUUUGGAACAGAAAUAUAAAGCCGCUGUGGACCACGAGCUAAAACUAAUCGAGGGCCGAAUGGUUACGCAGCUGCGCGAAAUGAAAAUUGGUGACUUUUUGCAAAUUUUGGGGCAUUUGGACCAUUUUGGUGAUUUUAAGGCCAGUGACCAGACACAAAUGCUCGCAUCUCAGUCUAUAUGCAGCAAAAGUAAUACGACGGGCGGAGGGGAUCUUGCAAAUAUAAAGGGAUCUUGCAGUCGGAACGAUGAAGGCUACCUUACAGAGGACAGCUCUUUGGGAGCUGUCGCAAGCAGCGGCAGCGCUAGUGCCGCUUACACUGGUUCCAUUCUUCGCUCGACCAAGGCUUUGAGAACUCCGGGGCCUUUGCACUCGGCACGUGCUCGCCGUGCCCGACGCAGCCAAUCUGCCGGUGGCGAGAUAUCCAUUUUGCCUUCUGCCAAGCCACAUGUCAGUGGUGUAGCAUCCAUGGAGCACAGCUCUCGUAGUAAAAUGCGUACCCCCAUGGUCUCCCGCACAAAAGCGCUCAGUGCAGAUCGAACACCUCGGUUGCAUCACAAGGGACGGGCCUCUUCGCCGUCAACCCCGCCAAUGUCUUUUUUACGUUGGCCCAAGCCAGGCGAAGUAGCUCUUUCAAAAUUCGGCAGUCCAAUGGUGGCGCAGGUUAUGCCUGACAAAAUCGCCAAUGUGAAUAUACCUAUUCGAAACGGGGUGCUGUCAAUGCGACCCAAAAAACUUGCCGAAGUUGAAACUGAUUUACUGGAAUCGCUGGAUACUGACACGUUGCAUCAAAUCAAAACAUUACAUGACAACCUGGCUUUAAUCAUGAACACAGUCGGUAAAGCUGGGCUCAAAUGAAAAGAGGAGGCUGCAUUAAUGCUUUUCUACGUAAAUAUAAAAAUUAAAUCAGGUUCUUUUUUAAAUUAAAAAUUGAAGUCUUUUUGCAAUGAGUACUUUUCAAUAAAAAUACAUCUUUUUUUACCAUAAA